AUGUCGCACAGAAAGUUCGAGGCUCCCCGUCACGGCUCUUUGGCCUUCCUUCCUCGCAAGAGAACCGUCCACCACCGCGGUAAGGCCAAGUCGUUCCCCAAGGAUGACUCCAAGAAGCCCGUCCACUUGACUGCUGCCAUGGGCUACAAGGCCGGCAUGUCCACCAUCGUCCGCGACCUCGACCGUCCCGGUGCCAAGCUCCACAAGAAGGAGAUCGUUGAGGCCGUCACCAUCAUCGAGACCCCUCCGGUACGCUACCAAUCCGAAUGCUCUACUCGACUCGAACCACACACUAACACACUACACAGNAUGGUCGCCGUUGGUCUUGUUGGCUACAUCGAGACUCCCCGUGGUCUCCGCUCGCUGACCACCGUCUGGGCCGAGCACUUGUCCGACGAGGUCAAGCGUCGCUUCUACAAGAACUGGUACAAGUCCAAGAAGAAGGCCUUCACCAAGUACGCCAAGAAGCACUCCGAGAACGCUGGCCAGUCCGUCACCCGCGACCUUGAGCGCAUCAAGAAGUACUGCACUGUCGUCCGUGUCCUCGCCCACACCCAGAUCUCCAAGACUCCUCUCAAGCAGAAGAAGGCCCACCUUAUGGAGAUCCAGGUCAACGGUGGUUCCGUUGCCGACAAGGUUGACUUCGCCAACGGCCUCUUCGAGAAGCCCAUCGAGAUCAGCUCCGUCUUCGAGAAGGAUGAGAUGAUUGACUGCAUUGCCGUCACCAAGGGUCACGGUUUCUCCGGUGUUACCUCCCGUUGGGGCACCAAGAAGCUCCCCAGAAAGACCCACAAGGGUCUCCGCAAGUGGACCGUUGCCCGUGCUGGUCAGGACGGUUACCACCACCGUACCUCGGUCAACCACAAGAUCUACCGUAUUGGCCGUGGUGACGAUGCUGGCAACGCCUCGACCGAGUUCGAUGUCUCCAAGAAGACCAUCACCCCCAUGGGUGGCUUCGUCCGCUACGGAGAGAUCAACAACGACUACCUUAUGCUCAAGGGUUCCGUCCCUGGUGUCAAGAAGCGCGUUGUUACCCUCCGCAAGUCCAUGUUCGUCCACACUUCCCGCCGUUCCACCGAGAAGGUCGAGCUCAAGGUACGUCAAACUCGAAAUCAUUCCUCCGUUCUACCCAAUCAUACUAACACAUCUAUCAGNUGGAUCGACACCUCGUCCAAGUUCGGUCACGGUGCUUACCAAACCCCCGCCGAGAAGAAGCAGUUCAUGGGUACCCUCAAGAAGGACCUCGAGCGCUCCGCUUAA